AUGGCUGCCGAGUUCGUGCUGGGUCUCGAGCCGGCGGACAAGAUCAUCUUCUCGGGCGCGAAGAUCGGCGAGGAGGCCACCAGCACGCAGCUGAAGAUCAAGAACGACACCAAGGACCGCUACGUCUACAAGGUGAAGUGCACGUCGAACGAGAUGUUCCGGAUCCGCCCGCCCGUCGGAGCGCUGAAGGCUGGAGAGCAGGCGACGAUCAACUUGGUGUUCAACGCGGGCAAGCCGGUGCCAGACAAUGGGAAGCACUACUUUGCCAUCUACUAUCUGAAGAACGGCGACGAGAAGAAAUCGCCCAGGGCGGUUUGGGGCGAUCACAAGGGUGAACCGGAGGGCACCAAGAGGCUCUACGUCGACUUCGUGAAGGGCGGCGCCGAGGGAGGAGAGAAAAAGGAAGAGAAGAAGGAGGACGAGAAAAAGGAAGAGAAGAAGGAGGAAAAGAAGGAGGAGAAGAAAGAGGAAGAGAAGAAGGAAGAGAAAAAGGAGGAGAAGAAGGAGGAAAAGAAGGAGGAGAAAGAGGAGAAGAAGGAGGAGGAAAAGAAG